UACGAUGAGGUGAAGCGGUUGUUUGCGUCUCGCUGGUUGUAAUUAGCUACCUGUAAAUUAAGGAUUUAACAGCCGCUACAUUGGAUUUACCGUGGUGUCCCCGGUUUUAGUCUACCCGUUAUCCCCUGACAUUACUGACACGCCGAGGGUUUAAUCCUCCGCUUCGUUUUCGGUGAGUUUAUCGCCAUGUUAUCAUCCGUUCCCACCAGGCUGUUUAUGCGAAGGUCGCGAAGCUUGUCGCCAUGCAAACGAGUCCUCACGAGCAGCUCCAGCGGGACCGCGUGCCAGGGUAUCCGGGAGACAGCACCGGAGAACAACCGCAACCCCAUCGUGUCCACCUCUCGGGUCUCCAGGAGGGGCAUUUUGACAGAGGAGACCCCUAGUACCAGCGUGAACCCGUCGGUGCAGUACCACCACCUCGCCCCUAGGUGGAUCUCCAAUCUGGAGAAUCGCCGUAGCUCCUGGGCAGCUCUAGCCAGUAGGGGGCGCCAUAACAACCAGUACUGGGAGGAGAGUGGGGAGCAGAGUGGAGGAAGAGGAGGUGAAGGCCGGGACACAGGUGGAAGAGCUAGCCGGGCAGGAGUGGCCUCUGCCGGCGUGCUGUCUGCUGCAGCCGUGGCUUUCUGUCUGAAGAAAGACUCGGAUAACAAAGGUGAUGCUCUGUUGGAGGCAGCAAGGACCAAUAACCCUCAAGAUGUUGCCAGGCUGUUAAAGGAGGGCGUGGACCCAAAUUAUCGCCACCGUCUGGGUUGGACCGCUCUUAUGGUGGCUUCCAUGAACCGACAGCACAGUGUGGUGAAGGUUCUGCUGGAAGCUGGUGCCGAUCCAAACGCUGGCGACGACUUCAAUAACGUUUACGACACAUCGCGGGAGAAAGGCAUCCACUCACUGGAAGUCCUGGUGUCCAGAGAGGAUGAAUUCAGCAGCAGGCUCAGCAGUAGGGCUGGUUUCCGUGGUUGCACAGCGCUUCACUACGCCACACUGGCUGAUGACACACGCACCGUCAGCAUGCUGCUAGAUGCUGGUGCCAACCCCCUGCAGACCAACGGUUUGGGACACACAGCGCGGGCCUACGCUAAAGAGGGAGAAGUAGGCACGGUCCUGCAGGAGUGGGAGGGGAAGUCAAUAGCAGAAUAA